UGUGUCGUUCGCGAACGAUCCGGCUCCCAGAGCCGGCUCUUUGAAGUGAACGAUGGGAGCCGGCUCCCAUCUCAUUGGGAGCCGGCUCCUCAUUGGGAGCCGGAACGGGAGGGUUAUAGUGAUGUGUCGUUCGUGAACGAGCCGGCUCUUCGAGCCGCCUUUUUUGUUUCUCCUGUUGUUUUCACACCCCCCCCCCCCUUCGGUUAAAGCCGCACGUGAUUGGUCAAGAUCUGUGGUAGAAGGAGGGGGGGUUCACACACACACGCACACACACACACACACACGCACACGCGCGCACGCACGCGCACGCUACAGUUUAGAGAGGGGGGAGGGGUUAGAGAAGAGACACAGCAGCACGCGAACGAGACAGACGAGGAGACGACAGAGCUAGUUAGCAAAAAAAAAGAACACGGUGAAAGCGAAAAGGUGAGAAAUGGAUAGAAAACGCAGUGAAAUUUGGACUCAUUUCAAUGUUAUUGAUAAUUCAAAGGCAGCGUGUAGACUCUGCAAAGUUAAAAUAUCCCAUAAAUCAGGCUCCACAAAUAACCUGCACAGGCACAUAAGAAAAGUCCACCCAUCAGUACAAUUGCGAGAGAAAAGACAAGCAAGGGAACCAGAUGUUAAUGAAGGUGCUAGUGUGUCUGCAACUGUUGCUGCUGCUCCAAUGUCACAACAACUGCCUAGGAGUACAACCCAGAGGUCUAUGAGCCACUUUAUCCAAACACCUAUAAAACCCGUAAAACAGACCACAAUUGACGAGGAACUGGGUAAAAUGAUCACAAGUGAUUUUCAGCCAUUUUCAAUCGUGGAUGACAAAGGAUUCAGAAGAUAUACUCAUGCUCUCAAUCCAAUGUAUGCAAUUCCAAGCAGGAAAACACUUUCUCAAAGAAUCAUCCCAGGCCUCUACGACAGAGAACGUGCUGCACUCCAAGAACGGGUCCAAAAAGCCAUCGCUGUUUGUCUAACAACCGACUGCUGGACAUCCCGGACCACUACAUCCUACAUGUCAGUUACAUGCCACUUUGUUGAAAAUUUCAAACUGGUGACCUGUCUGCUGGAUUGUUUUGAGUUCAGUGAAAGACACACUUCUGAGAACUUAGCAGAGGAGCUGCUCAAAGUGGCCAAAGAAUGGAAUGUGGAAAACAAAGUGGUUUGCUGUGUAAGCGACAAUGCAGCUAACAUCACCAAAGCAAUUAAAUCCCUGAAAUGGACCCAUCACCCAUGUCUUGCACAUACCCUUAACCUAGUUGUAAGAGAUGCUCUGAAGGUGAUGAAGCCCACUGUGGACAAAGUGAAGGGGAUAGUGGAAUUCUUCCACAGGAGCACAACAGCCACACAGAAGCUCAAAUCUACCCAACAACAGAUGGGCAUGCCUGAGCUGAAGCUCAAGCAAGAGUGUAUUACAAGAUGGAACUCCACCUUUCACAUGCUAAAACGGAUCCUGGAGUCCAAGGAUGCAGUCAUCUCUACCCUGGCUGUGAUAAAUGCACCCAUUGAUCCUCUGAGCCAAGAGGAAUGGGAGAUACUGCAGGAGGCAUGCACUGUUCUGGAGGCAUUUGAGCAGGUCACUGUGGAGAUCAGUGCAGACAGCUAUGUUACAGCCUCUAAAGUGUUGAUCCUGUGCAAGGGUCUUCAGAAAGUGACAGCUGAGCAUCAGACCAGCGUAACCACAGGGAAAGUGAAAGAAUUAGUGGAUGCUCUCUGUGCAUCCAUGGACAGAAAAUUCCACAGAAUGGAAUGGAACACUGUUCUGUCAGAAACCACCAUUCUUGACCCAAGAUUCAAGAAGCUGGCCUUCACUGACAAUAGAGCGGUUGACGAAGCUCUUCAAAGAAUAACUGCAGCAGCAGCAAGAGCCAGCCAGACAACUCCACUGCCAGGGUGCGAAGAGGGAGAAGAUGGAGCAGAGCAACAACAAGAAGAGCCACAAGCAUCUGCUGUUUGGAGGUUCUUUGAAGAACGAGUAACUGGAAGCACUACAAGACAGAAUCCUUCAUCAGAUGCAAUUCUGGAAGUGAGAUCUUAUCUUGAGGAGCCCCUUUUCCAGAGAAGUGCAGACCCUUUGAGCUGGUGGGAGGCCAAGGACUCACUGUACCCACGUCUUACACAUGUGAUGACACGGAGGCUGUGUGUUGUCGCAACAUCUGUGCCCUCAGAAAGAAUCUUUUCUAAAACAGGGCAAAUGUUAACAGAAAGGAGAAACAGGAUCAACCCCUCAAAGCUGAGGCACUUGGUUUUUCUUAAUGCCAAUCUUCACUAAAGACAAAUUAAAACUUUUACCUGGAUGCUGCUUUUUUCUUUUUGUUUUACAAAUUUUAAGUUAUAAUUUGUUGUGUUGUAUUCAAUGCUUACUUGUUGUUUUACUGUAAACAGUUAAAAGCUUAUAAAUAUAAAUAUUCAGAGAUUGGAACUUUUUGUUGACCUUGUUUUGAGGUGGGUCUUUGUACUUUGUUUUUAUUUUUGUAGCACUCCAUGUUGAGUAUAAAUAAAUAUUUGAUAUACUCUCUAUUUUUUGCAUUAGUAAUUCAUUUUACACAUAAUAUUACGUUAUUUUUGGUAGUAAAUUAAUUUAAGCAACAAAAAAACUGAGGAGCCAUUGGGAGCCAUUUGGGAGCCGAAAGAGCCGGCUCUUUUUAGGGAGCCGAUCCAAAAGAGCCGGCUCUCCAAAAGGAGCCGGAAUUCCCAUCACUAG